AUGGCGGGAAUAAGAAAUCCUCCUCGUGAAUCAGGGGACAUGUUGGUAAUGACGCUAACCGAAGAACACUUGAAGUUCAACAAUGGGUUCCGUUUGAAACCUGGACACGAAGCGGAGAAGUGCAUCGUCUCCAAAUUGAGGGAAAAGGAGAGGGAAGCCAUUGCCCACAACGGAUGGGCUCAUCUCACAAUGCGCGACUUUCAAGAUGGAUCGCUCCACCAAAUGGACUUAUCCAAACACGCCACUAACAACUAUAUACUCGAUGACUGGCAUGUUUUCGUCCAAGCCAGAAACAACAAACAUUCCAACUAUCAUCUUCGACCUGGGACCCAAGUCGCCUUCUGCGGGGGAGCGAAAGUUGAGAAGAGGGAUGUGAAACUGGGGAUGAUUCUCCUGGGCAUAAACAUUUGUAUUACAGUGACGAGUGUGGUGGUGUUCACAUGGUGGAGGAGUAGAGUGAUGAUGAGGGAGAUGUGUGUAAAGGCGGCGCUGAUAAAGCAGAAGGAAGCCACAGAAGAAGCGGAGAGGAAGAGCAUGAGCAAGAGCGUGGCGGUGGCCAAUGCGAGCCAUGAGGUGCGGACUGCUCUUGCAGGGAUUACUGGUUUGAUUCAGAUGUGCCGCGCUGAUGCUGAUGCUUCUGCUGCUCAUUCUGAACUCAACGAUAAUCUGAGGCACAUGGAAUCAUGCACCAAUGAUCUCUAUAGUUUAUUGAAUUCGAUUCUGGAUGCUAGCAGAAUAGAAGCGGGGAAAAUGCAGGUUGAAGAAGAUGAAUUUGAUUUGCAGGAACUGUUAGAGGAUGUGGUGGAUUUGUACUAUCCUCUAGGUAUGAAGAAGGGAGUGGAUGUAAUAUUGGAUCCGUGUGAUGAGUCCGUGGAAAAGUUUAGGCGUGUAAGGGGGGAUAGAGGCAAACUCAAACAAGUUCUGUCUAAUUUGUUGUACAACGCCAUUAAGUUCACAGAUGAAGGCUAUGUUGCUCUUCGUGUUUGGGCACGAAAACCUUCUCCUCGUCCUCCUUCUCAAUCUCCUCCUAAACCCAAACGAGCUUCUUCUUCUUCUUCUCCUAUCGCCAUUUUAAAGGGUUUUUGCGGUGUUCCUGCAAAAACAGGAGGUGGGGAAGAAGAAGAAGAAGUAAAUGAUUGGGUGUUGGAGAGAAAAGAUGGUGGGAUAGAGUACAUAUUUAAGGUGGUGGAUACAGGGAAAGGGAUUCCCAAGGAGAAAAGGAAUACUGUGUUUGAAAACUAUGCUCAGGUGAAAGAUAUGGGUAGGGGAAAGAAACAUCAAUUAGGGCAUGGAUUAGGGCUUGGGAUAGCUCAGUCUCUAGUGCGGUUAAUGGGCGGGGAGAUUGGGAUUGAGGAUAAGGAAACCGGGGAAAGGGGGACUUGUUUUAAGUUCAACAUAGUCUUGGACAACAUUGUUAUUCUAGAAUCAUCAUCGUCUCAUAAUAACAACAUUAAUAAUACUUAUUCAUCGGCUCAUCACGUUGUUGUGUUCAUGCAUUGCGAGGAGAGGGGUAAAAUCAUAGGGAGAUUCUUGGAAAGCCGUGGCAUUAAGGUUAGUUUGGUUCAGAAAGGACACCAGCAACUGAGCAGGAAAUUGAAGAAGAUCAAACGUGGGGCAUUAAAUCUCCCCCGUUCCACAACCACACCCUCUUACUAUUCAUCUUCUUCGUCCUCAAAGGAGGAGUUGGAAGACGAAACCAUGCCUCUCCAUACAAACACUUGUAUGGUUUUGAUAAUGAUAGACACAAGUGCAGCAGGAGAAGCAUUAUUCCCAGAAGUGAUUAAAGCAGUUAGUGAAUUCCAUAGGGACCUUCAACCUGGUUGUGUUAGGGUUCUUUGGAUAGACACUACUGCUUUAAGUAGGGAUAACAACUUUCAGCUCCCUUCAACUGAUCUCAUCAUGUCCAAGCCCUUGCAAGGCUCCCGUCUGCAUAGCGUGUUAGGGCUUCUACCCGACUUUGCAUCAAGUUCCCAGCUGGGAGAAAUACAGGUGGUGAUUGAGAAAGAGAAGGAAGAAGAAGACGAGGAUAAUGGUGGUGGGAGCAGCAGUACUGAAAAGAAGGCAUUGACGGGGAAAAGAAUCUUGGUGGUUGAAGACAAUCCAACGCUGCGCAAAAUAUGCACCACAGUGGUUUCAAGUCUGGGUGCUCUAACUUACGCCUGUACUAAUGGUGAAGAAGCUUUACAGCUCGUGUCUUCGGCUCUUCAGGACCACCAUCAUCAACCUCCCUUUGAUUACAUUCUAAUGGACUGUGAGAUGCCGAUAAUGGAUGGGUUUGAAGCCACAAAGCGCAUAAAAGAAGAAGGGAAAGCUAUGGGGAUAUGGAUUCCCAUUAUUGCUCUAACUGCACAUACAGGGAAGGAGGAGAUGGACAAGGUGACUGAAGCUGGAAUGGAUUACUACUUGUCCAAGCCCAUCAAUGCUGCUAGUCUUCUAACAGCUAUUCACUUCUUGGACAAAUCCACCACCCAUCUCUAAUUUCACCAUCUUUUAC